GCCGGGGGGAGGCAGCCUCUAGGCCUACUGCUGCGAAUCCCCGGCGUCGCGUGCGGGCCGGCCGCCCGGCCGCUGCCUGCUCCGAGGCCGGAGGGACCACCAUGAGCCGCCUGGGCUCGGUGCAGCAGAAGGUGGCCUGCCUGUUCGUGACCCAGGUGAAGGAGGAGCCCUCGGCCAAGAGGGAGCGCCAGCCUUUUAAAGUGCUGGCCACCGAAACAAUUAAUCCAAAGGCAUUGGAUGCAGAUAUAUACAGUGCGGUCCCAACUGAAAAGGUGGAUGGAACUUGCUGCUACAUAACUAUGCACAAAGGGCAGCCAUACCUUUGGGCCCGGUUGGAUAGAAAACCAAACAAGCAAGCCGAGAAAAGGUUUAAACGUUUUAUGCACUCAGCAGGCGACUCAAAAGGAUUUACUUGGAAUAUUGAAGAUGACUUCAAGCCUGUCCCUGAAUGCUGGAUUCCAACAAAGGAAAUAGAGUACUGCAAUGGAAAACCUUUUCCUGAUGAAAAUGGACAUAUUCCAGGCUGGGUACCAGUGGAACAAAACAGCAAACAAUAUUGUUGGCAUACCUCUGUUGUUGACUAUGAAUUUGAACUAGCGCUCAUUCUGAAGAAUCACACUGAGGAACCUGGUCUUCUGGAAAUUAGUCUAGUGCCCUUAUCAGAUCUCUCAGAACAAACUCUGGAGCUUAUUGGAACGAGCAUUAAUGCAAAUCCAUAUGGCUUAGGAGACAAGAAACAUCCUAUCCACUUUCUCGUACCACAUGGAACAUUUCAAAUAAAAAAUGCCCCUCCACUGAAUCAUGAUGACAUAUUGUCUUGGUUUGAUGAAAGCAAAGAAGGGAAAAUUGAAGGAAUUGUAUGGCAUUGUGCUGAUGGAAACUUAAUUAAGCUCCAUCGGCAUCAUCUUGGCUUGUGCUGGCCAAUUGCAGACCCUCAAUUGAUUUCUCAGCCAGUUGUUAUCACCUUUAGUGGUGCCAAAUACAACUAUAAUUUUGAGCCAAAGACACUUUUCCAUUAUUUUUCAAAAUUGGAGGGACAAAGAUUCAAUAGUCUCAGAGAUAUAGUAAGUAAUCUGUGACCAAUUUUUUUUUAUAAAAAAAAGUAGCCAUCUGUGUGAUUGUUCAUUCCUUAGAUAGGGGAUGUCAAAAGGUUUCCAUUGUUGAAAUGCAAUGUAAAUAGUAUUUAGGCAACACAUGGCUCAAUGUGUACAU